AUAAAGAAUGUGGUUCUACCUUAAACUAAAAUAAAUAAAUAAACCCCCCCCCCCCAUUUUCCAAGAAGUCUGGGGGAUGUCUCGUAUCUUGGAUAGUUUUCUGGAGAGAUUUAUAUAGUAAAUGCAUUAUUUACUUUUAGAGGGGAGGUGGCAGUAUAGGAGUAUGCAAAUUAACCGGAGAUUUUUUUGGGGGGGGGGUUGGUAAGGGGUGGAAUAUCAAUUUUUAUUGCAUCACCUGUCAGGAGUGUCCAAUCAGCGUUGGCUUUAGGGGAAUUAAUUGAUGAAGGUGUCUGAGGACGGGCUCACUUCACUCUGUCAUUUUAUUUGGAGUUAAAGCAGCGGCGGGAAUAGCAUCUGCUCCAGGCUCUCUCUCUCUCUCUCUCUGGGCACAUUCCAUUAUUCGGGGGGCCGCUAAAUGGAACAGGAGGCUUUAAAAGGACACAGGUAUUGGGAACACGCUGGCAAACGCUCCAACAAUGGGAUUUUUAUUGCUAGCGUUUAAUCGCACAGGCGCCCAGCUGCCUGCCCCCUGCUCUUCUAGUUAGUGAGCGUGUACAGCAGGAUGCCAUGAGACUGACUAGGAGGCUGCCUUUGCGCUUUUCCUUGCCUUGCCCAUGUUGGGGAUCGUCUGACCCGAGCAAUGGGAGACCUGGAGUCGGGCUAUGAAGUGGUGGAUGGAGUGAAGCUCGGCUACCUGGUCAUUCAGGGGAAGCAGAUGUUCGCCCUGUCUCAGGUUUUCACCGAUCUGCUGAAGAAUAUCCCCAGGACUACGGUGCACAAGCGCAUGGAUCACUUGCGAGUGAAGAAGCACCAGUGCGACGUGGAGGAGCUGCGCAAACUCAAGGCGAUCAACUCCAUCGCUUUCCACGCGGCCAAGUGCACUCUGAUCUCCCGGGAGGACGUGGAAGCGCUGUACACCUCGUGCAAGACUGAGAGGGUCCUCAAGACAAAAAGGAGGAGGCUGAGCAGGGCCCUGGCAACAAAGGACUUGACACAGGAGCCCCCAUCCCCCGACCCUUACUGCAGCUUUUGGAAAGAGGACAAACUUUGGCUCGGAUUGAAUGAGUCGGCAGCCCGGCAGCCAAUAAAGAGAAAAGGAUUCGGCGCCGCCGCCGUUGAGCAUGGCUUGCUACCGGCGGCUGAUCUACCUCGUUUUUUUAGUAAAUACACUGGCCACAGCUACCCCGAAAUAGCCAGGAUCCCUGGCAAAAGCCCUCUAAACUAUGAAACUGCCCCCAUCCCAGGAGACUGUGUAUCUGCCUUUCACUCCAGCCUGCCCUAUCUCAGGGGCGUUGUGUGCAGCAAACACCCAGCCUACUACUACCAUUCCGCCAUUGCCCAGCCCAAGCUCGCCUGCCCCGCCGCCACUUACAGGCACAGGAGGAAACGGCAGUCGGCCGACCCCAGGAAACUUCUGCUCCUGCCCAAGUCGUACAGAUCCAAGGGGACCCCGGUGUGCCUGGAGCGCAUCCACCUCAUCCAUGGCUUCUGCAGCCAGCACUUGGGCAACCUUCAGCCGGACAGCAGCGACUCUGACUCCAGCUGUUACUCGGAACUCGCUGCCAACGAUUCGGACUUCGGCUCCAGCCUCUCCAGCAGCAGCAACUCCGGCUCCUCUGACGAGGAGGAGGAGGAUGAAGAGGAGGAGGAGGAGGGCAGCUUGUCGGAGUCCAGCGACCCCAGCUCAGAGGAGGAGGAGGAGAGCACUUCGGACUCGGACAGCAGCUCUGUCUCCAGCCAGGUGUCGGUGGAAAGCAUUCGCUUCCGCAGAACCAGCUUCUCCAGCCCGACCACUAAAUCACCCCUGACCCCGUCUAACCUCCUGUAUCACCAUUUCUCCCGCUCCCCGAGCCCCGGUGCUGCUGCGAGCAGGUUUGGGGAGAGCAAAACAGCUCAAUGUGAAAUUAAAUCUGAAUCCCAGGAAGAGUGGUGUCAGCAGCAGCAGCAGGGCUGGGGGUCGCUCGCGUGUUCUGGUCUUGCAGAGAGAAAGAGUGAUAGGGCCUGUGUGUCUGUCUCAGGCUUCCCUUCUAACUCCAGGAAAACUGACCUAACCAUUAACUGUGUUACACCUAGCCCAAAGAAAAACAAUGACUUUCCCCAACACAAAAUCCACAGAGAGGCAAAGCAGUGCCUUCAAUCAACUGUCACACAAUGCGCGCAAAACAAUACCCCCAGCUCAAUAAACUCUGCAUCCGCUCCGACCCCCCUGCAAAGAAGUCCCCAACUCUCAGCGGAUUUCCCCACCGCCCCGGCGGCGUCUCACACUCCCAGGGGCCUGAACAGGGGGGACGUUUGCACUGAUUUCCCCUUUCUGCACAACGUGCGCAUUAAAACUGAGGAGAGUAGCGCUAAUGACUACGAGUACGGGGCGAGCCAGCAUAAGCUAAUGUACGAGUGCAAUGUUGCUAAGGACGAGACUGACAGCGACGGGGGUGAGAAUAAAUCACAGGGGGGGUUAUUAAAAGCUAAGGAGGACUGUGAAUGCACUGAACAACAAACCACUUCUCCCAAUCAGCUCCCUCCAUGCACUUUAGCUAUCCCCAAACCCGAGGAAGGAGACUAUAAAUUUGGUGCUAAAGUCAGAAAGAAUUACAGGACACUGGUGCUGGGGAAACGAGGCCUCCUACAGCAGCAGCAGCCUUCCCCCAGCAAGCCAAAUCUCAAAUCAGACAGGAGCCCUCGUCCCCAAGGGAAAAGUGACUUUUGUGAAGGAACACUGGAUCGUUUUACAGUGACCAACAGGCGUAAAAGGUUAGCCAACAAUGUAGCAUCCACCCUAAAGAGACCCUUUAAUUUCAUGGCGAAUUUCCCAUGUCCACCAUCGCUAAUUAUUGGCAAAGAUGGGGAUUUGCUCCCUGCCUAUUCCUUGAACAGCACAAAGGAUUCUUCUUGCCCACCCAACAAGGCCCAUCCUAUCUGGAAAUGGCAAUUGGGUGGUUCUGCUAUACCUCUCCCACCUAGUCACAAAUUCAGGAAAUAUCACUCCUAACGGAUGUGGGAAUAUUUUUUUCUUUCUUUAAUUAAUAUUAUUAUUCUAUUUCAACAACAGAUGGUUGUAUCUGCCUGGUGGUUCUUUUUUUUUAAUUAUUAUUAUAUUAUUAUUAUUUUUUUUUUUUUUUGGAUUUCUGACAUCUCGUCGAGAAGGAAUAUGGGAUUAAUAUUUGCAUUUUGCAAUCUGGAGAUAGCUGUUUUUUUUGGUUACAUUCCACAGACUACUCAAUGCAAGGGGGACUUACAAUUUGAACCUGAGAAGUUGGAACACUCUGAAAUGGCAUUUGUUUCAAUGCACCCGGUACCUCAUUUCCUCUGCAACUUGCAAAAAUGCCCUGAUAAAUAAAGGAUAAAACACACAUACCCCAAUAUGAGCCAUUGCAGUGCUGCACUAGAUUUGGGAAAGUGGAAGUCUGACUGAUUAUUGGUUGCACAGUUUGGGGCACCCUCAUGAGAUGUGGCAGUUCCUUGCAUUAAUACUCGGGUGAGAUUGGGUUUAACCCCUCCCUACCAGCAGUUGCACUUACUUGUUUUUUUUUUUUAUCUAUAGACUGGAAUGGGCCUGGAUUUGAGUCUUACUCAGGCACUUGAAAUGCUGCCUCACCAACUAGUAAAUAAAUGUCAUUGUAUUUUUGUUAUAUGCUGUCUUUUUACAUGUACAAUCAGAAAAAGUGGAGAGAUUAAAAAACAAAAACACAUAUCUUA